GAAUAACAAAUGGUGUAGCUCACAAACAGAUAUAUACGACCGAUGAUAAACUAUCAGUGAUGUCAAGUCAUGUUUCUUAUCUCAACCGUACUCUAUCACCACGAUGCCCCAACUAGGAACACUGCUUCUUCUCAGUCUUUUAAUACAUGCAUGUGCUGUUAUUUGUGCAGCUGACACACACAUCAUUGUUGAUACCACGCAGGGUCGGGUCAAAGGCUACCAGAUCAGUUCCCAAAGCGGGCAUUCUCUACAGGUGUUCCUUGGAAUUCCAUAUGCUGAACCUCCAGUUGGCGAUCUACGCUUCUCGAGACCGAUUCCAGCUGGUUCAUGGCGAGGGAUCCACGAUGCUACUUUCUACAGAUCAAUCUGCCCACAAAGAUUACAGUCUGUCCAAAGUUUCAGCUUUGGGUACAACUUCAACAACACAAGUGAGGAUUGCUUGUAUGUUAAUGUCUUCGCACCAACGAAUGGCUCCAAGCUCCCCGUGAUGGUAUGGAUUCAUGGUGGAGCAUACACGCUUGGUUCGGCGUCUGAGUACGACGGUAGAAUGUUGGCAUCGCAGGAUAUCGUCGUAGUGACUGUCGACUAUAGACUGGGCGUCUUGGGAUUUCUGUCUACGGGAGAUGAUGCUGCCCCCGGCAACUACGGCCACCUGGACCAGCUGCAGGCCCUCCACUGGGUCAAGGACAACAUUGGUCAGUUUGGAGGCGACCCCGACAAGGUUACCAUAUUUGGGCAAAGCUCAGGAGGAGCAGGUGUCUCCACCCAUAUGUUUUCUCCACUGGCAAAAGGUUUAUUUCGAGGUGUUAUCGCACAAAGCGGCAUAAGCGUUAGUCCUUUUGCUUUCUACCGCCCUCCUUACAAGGCAAGCGACACAGCCCGCAAUCUUGGAAAGAUCGUUGGGUGCAACCAUUCGUCAUCGCAAGCCCUUGUUACCUGCCUCAGAGGAAAAUCCACGGACGAUCUCGUGAAUGCUAGACCGCAGGGUGCACCGAUGACGUCUACCUACGUUCCGGUGGUUGAUGGCUAUUAUAUCCUGGAUUUCCCAGAGAACUUACUGGGUCAAGGUCACGUCCUUGACCCAGCCUUGAUGACUGGUACCGUUUUAAAUGAAGGAGCUGAUAUGAUUGAUUACAUCAGUGGCGUGGAAAAGGGUGUGAGCGCCGAGACUGCCCAACAAGCGAUUCAUUCUUGGAGCAGGAGAUACCUGAAUCAAACCACCAUUGCAUACAAGGCAGCAGCAUGUCAUUACAACAUCCACAGUGCGGAUCCUAUGGUCAACAGACAGAAUCUGAUAGCUUUCUGGUCCGAUUACGACUACGUCACACCUAAUAUCAAGAUGGCUGACAUGUAUCACAAGAUUCAACCCAACACCUACAUGUACAGCUUCGAAUAUAGAUCUGUCAACCAGCCCGAUCCACAGUGGGAAGGUGUACUCCAUGCCACUGAACUUUACUAUGUAUUUGGAUGCCCCUUCUCUCACACCAUGCCAUGUCCAUGGAAGGGAUGUAAUAGGACAUGGUGCUCUGGUUGGGGAGUAUCUCCUCUAGACAAGACGAUCAGCAAUGAAAUGAUGACAUUGUGGACAAACUUUGCUAAGAGUCUUGAUCCUAACUCUGGAGCCAACAGGCAUCAGUGGCCGCACUAUUCUGUAUCUGCAAACCGGUCAUACCUUCAGAUCAGAGACACAUCAGAUGUCCAGCAGGGUCUCAGACCAUCUGCAGCGAACUUCUGGAAUCAAUAUUUCCCAAACCUCCUUGCAGGAAAGGUGAGGCAGCACGAAUGUCAUGGUGGAGUCAUAAUUGGUUGAAAAUUGCACAGGUACAAACGCACACUGUUCAGCUAUUUUGUAUAAAACAUGACACCCUAUA